CGGGGCGCGGCGCCUGCCCGAGGCCGAGCCCGGUCGGCCCCACCCCGCAGCCGCCCUGCCGGGGGCGUCGCCCCAAGCCCCCCACCCCCCGGGCCCCCGGGCCUGUUGGGGACCCUCCACGUGACUCGGUGAUGCAGAACGGUUAUGACCUUCAGCGUGUCUCCGAACGCGAGGGUCCCGGCAACUGCGGGUUUGCGCCCGGCCCUGCCUGUGGGUGCGGGGACGUGUGGGUGUGUGGGCAUGUGUUGGUGUGUUGGGGAGGGUGCCCAGCGACAUGUGACAAAGACUCCCGUCUCUGGGAGAUGGUGAAGGGGCCCGCGAGCUGGCGCUUUGUCUGCCUGUCUGCAGAGUGACGGUUCGCGCGGCGGCGGCGGGCGCCCGUGCGGUGCAGGAUGCCGGGGCGCCGGGGCGGCCGGGGGCGCGCGCGCCGGUGCCAGGGUGAGUGCGCUGCGGCAGCGCCGGGGGGCAGCGCGGCGGGCCCGCGCCGGCCGGGGCCUCGGGCGUGAGCGGGAGUCACCGUGGGCGUUGCAGCGGCCGCGUGUCCCGGUGACCUCGGGGGCCGACCCGGGUGGGUCCCCGCGCGCCCCUCCCCGUCCACCCUCCACGUGCGUGUCCGCGGCGCGCGCCCGUUGGCGUGCACCCGCCUGCCUGCCGCCGCCGCCGCCGCCGCCGCCGCGAGCCGGGCCGGGAAAAGGUGCCGGAACCGAGGGAGCCGGGGCCGCGGGCCCGAGCGCCAUGGGCCGGAGGGCGCGCGGCGGGCGGCCGGUCAGCCCCGGGCCUCGCCCCCGCGGGAGAGCCGCCUGGGGUCGGCGGGGGCCGGCCGGGCCCGUGGGGAGGCCGGCCCGCGCCCCCUGAGCUCCGGACACCAGGGCUCGCACCAUGGCCCCGCCGCUCCUGCUGCUGCUGCUGGCCAGCGGAGCGGCCGCCUGUCCACUGCCCUGCGUCUGCCAGAACCUGUCCGAGUCGCUCAGCACCCUCUGUGCCCACCGGGGCCUGCUCUUCGUGCCCCCCAACGUGGACCGGCGCACCGUGGAGCUGCGGCUGGCCGACAACUUCAUCCAGGCCUUGGGGCCGCCCGACUUCCGCAACAUGACGGGACUGGUGGACCUGACGCUGUCCCGCAACGCCAUCACCCGCAUCGGGGCGCGCGCCUUCGGGGACCUGGAGAGCCUGCGCUCCCUGCACCUGGACGGCAACCGGCUGGCCGAGCUGGGCGCCGGCAGCCUGCGCGGCCCCAUCAACCUGCAGCACCUCAUCCUCAGCGGCAACCAGCUGGGGCGCAUCGCCCCCAGCGCCUUCGACGACUUCCUGGAGAGCCUGGAGGACCUGGACCUGUCCUACAACAACCUGCGCCAGGUGCCGUGGGCGGGCAUCGGGGCCAUGCCCGCCCUGCACACCCUCAACCUGGACCACAACCUCAUCGACGCGCUGCCGCCGGGCGUCUUCGCGCAGCUGGGCCAGCUCUCCCGCCUGGACCUCACCUCCAACCGCCUGGCCACGCUCGCGCCCGACCCGCUCUUCUCCCGGGGCCGCGACGCCGCAGCCUCGCCCGCGCCGCUGGUGCUUAGCUUCAGCGGGAACCCGCUGCACUGCAACUGCGAGCUGCUGUGGCUGCGGCGCCUGGCGCGGCCCGACGACCUGGAGACGUGCGCCUCCCCCGCCGGCCUGGCCGGCCGCUACUUCUGGGCCGUGCCCGAGGCCGAGUUCUCCUGCGAGCCGCCCCUCAUCGCCCGCCACACACAGCGCCUCUGGGUGCUGGAGGGCCAGCGGGCCACGCUGCGCUGCCGCGCCCUGGGCGACCCCGUGCCCACCAUGCACUGGGUGGGCCCCGAUGACCGGCUGGUGGGCAACUCCUCUCGGGCCCGCGCCUUCCCCAACGGGACCCUGGAGAUCGGGGUGACGGGCUCCGGGGAUGCGGGGGGCUACACCUGCAUCGCCACCAACCCUGCGGGCGAGGCCACGGCCCGAGUGGAACUGCGGGUGCUGGCUCUGCCCCACGGCAGCAACGGCAGCACCGACGGGGGCCGCCCCGGGCCCUCGGACAUCGCCGCCUCGGCCCGCACCGCUGCGGAGGGCGAGGGGACGCCGGAGUCGGAGCCCACCGUGCAGGUGACGGAGGUGACGGCCACCUCGGGGCUGGUGAGCUGGGGGCCGGGGCGGCCGGGGGAGCCCGUGUGGAUGUUCCAGAUCCAGUACAACAGCAGCGAGGACGAGACGCUGAUCUACCGGAUCGUGCCCGCGUCCAGCCACCACUUCCUGCUGAAGCACCUGGUCCCGGGCGCUGACUACGACCUCUGCCUGCUGGCCCUGUCCCCCGCCGCUGGCCCUUCCGACCUCACAGCCACACGGCUGCUGGGCUGCGCCCACUUCUCCACGCCGCCGGCCACACCCCUGUGCCAUGCCCUGCAGGCCCACGUGCUGGGCGGGACCCUGACCGUGGCCGUGGGGGGCGUGCUGGUGGCCGCCUUACUGGUCUUCACCGUGGCCUUGCUGGUUCGGGGCCGGGGGGCCGGGAAUGGCCGCCUCCCCCUCAAGCUCAGCCACGUCCAGUCUCAGACCAACGGCGGCCCCAGCCCCACGCCCAAGGGCCACCCGCCGCGGAGCCCCCCGCCCCGCCCCCAGCGCAGCUGCUCCCUGGACCUGGGUGACGCCGGUGGCUGCUACGGCUACGCCCGGCGCUUCGGGGGGGCCUGGGCCCGGCGGAGUCACUCUGUGCACGGGGGGCUGCUGGCGGCGGGGUGCCGAGGGGUCGGGGGCAGCGCCGAGAGGCUCGAAGAGAGCGUGGUGUGACAGGAAGGAGCCACCAGGCCGGGGGGCCGGACUGCCGGCAGCCCCCCAGCUCCACCGUACCUCAAGCCCCUCCCGCGGCAGGACAGGGGCCACCGCGGCCCUGACGGUGCUCACAGCUGCAGACACGGGGCUGCGGCCGCCCAGCCGGAGUUUCUGAUUUCUAAUAAAACUGGCGGGGACACCCCA